AUGGAAACUAUCAAAAACGCUGCUAAUGCUGUUGGUGAUAAAAUUCAUGAAGUAAUCAGCGGUGCAUCAGCUGAAAGCAACAAAGAAAAAGCAAAAGAUUCAAGCAAUACAGCUGGUGAACGUAUCGGAGCUGGAAUUGAUUAUGCAAAAGAUAAAUGUGACGAAGCUGGUUAUGCGGCUUCCAAAGAAGUUAAUAAACAAAAAGCCACGCAUUAA